AUGGCCUUCCACCUGAGUCGUCUUCGAGCUGCCAGGCGGCUCAGGAGUUUGCACUUCGUCCCAGGCGGAUCCCAAAAAUUCCUCGAUAAAGCUCUUGCCUCCCGCGCUGAUGCGCUGAUCAUCGACUUAGAGGAUUCCGUCUUGCCAGCGGAGAAGCCUGCAGCCAGGGCAGAGGUUGGGAAAUGGAUGGCAUCCACGCACUGGGGCGACAAGACCGUGUGUGUUCGGAUCAAUCCCUUGGACACCCAGCUAUGGGAGGAAGAUGUGGAAAUGACCAUGAAAGCCGAGAAGCCAGAUAUGUUGGUGGUUCCCAAGGUUUCCAGCCGUGAUGAUCUCGAGAAGUUAGGAGAAAAACUCUCCAAAGUCGAGCAAAAACUUGGUCGAGAAGUUGGUGCCACGACAGUGCUGCCCAUUGUGAGCGAAGUGCCGGAGGCCCCAUUGCGAGCCAAUGAGAUUGCCAGACAUCCCCGAGUUGAGGCGAUCACCUGGGGUGCUGAAGAUCUCUCAGCAGAGCUGGGUGCCAAGCGCAGAAGGGAUGGUGCUGGUGAGUACUUGGAGGUCUUUCAGCUCUGUCGAAGUCUCACCCUUUUGGCUGCUAAGGGCGCCAAGGUCCAGGCCAUCGACACUGUGUACACAAGCCUGAAGGAUCUUAACGGUUUGCGGUCAGAGAGCGAGAAGUCCGCAGACACAGGUUUCGACGGCAAACUCACCAUCCAUCCGGACCAAAUCGACGUCGUCAACGCAGCAUUUUCGCCCAGUCUGAAAGAAGUGGCUGAAGCGAAGGAACUUUUGGAAGCUGCCAAGUCACAGCCUGGAGCUUUCCGUUUUAAGGGUCAGAUGGUGGACAUCCCACAUUUUAAGCAGGCACAGCGCAUCCUGGACAGAGCUGACUUCGCAGGGUCCUCAGAAUCGCCUUCGCCUCCAACAUGGCCAGAGGGUCCAUACCAUGGCAAGUGGUUGGAGGAGCUGACGGAGGGCUUGAUCAUCCCUCAUGCACUCACCCGAACUGUGACAGAAACGGACAACCUCAUGUUUACCACUAUGACAUUGAAUCCCGCUAGACUUCACCUGGAUUAUGAGUCGGCCAAAGGCACGCAAUUUGGACAGCCACUGGUGAACAGUAUGUUUACAGUAGCGUUGCUGGUGGGCAUGUCGGUGCUUGAGACCACUCAUGGAACCACCAUUGCGAAUCUGGGCUUCGAAGAGGUCCUAUUCCCUCGGCCGGUUUUCUUUGGUGACACCUUAAGGGCUGAAACUGAGGUCAUGAAAAACCGACCCAGUUCAUCCAACCCGACCCGUGGCAUUGUCACCUUUGAACAUCGUGCUUUCAAUCAGAAAGGCGAGCUGGUGUGCAAAGCCAGACGCAAUGCCAUGAUGCGAAAGCGGCUCAUGAGUCUGGCGAAAGAAGGCAGCACAAGUCUCUUUGCAAAGUCCUUGGCUCCGGGGCGCCCAUGUGUGAAGAGGUGGUCGGACGAGGCAGCAGCUGAGCCGAGAUUGGCAGAGCGUGCUAGGGCGCAAACGAGUCUGAGGGCAGAAUCAUUUGGUGCAGCACUAGCUCGGGCUCGUCGAUGGGGUUCUGACCGCCUCAGCUGCUCUUCAAGGUCUUCUGCAGGCGGCUCGGGAAGCCAUUCUAUGCUUUCGCGCGGUUACCUCGAUCGAAUGAGGGGAAUGGGCGCGAGGCAGUCUUCAGCACCUUCCCGAGCUUCGAGGGACGUGGCUGUCCAGGCUCAAAGCUGCGUCAGCACGAUGUCCAGCUUGGGCCUCGACACAGCGGCGAGCAUGGCUGACACUCUGCCAGCAAGUGGAAAGGCAGGCAUUCGAAGUCCCAGAACACCCAACUUGACCUUGCCUCAGAUGGGAGCUGUUGCUAUGGCAGAAAGCACGGACAGUGCAACUGCCAAAGUGGAAAGGCAGAGGGUCGAGGUGAGGAAGCCUCGUGAAGACGUGCAGGUUCACAGCCCGGGCUUCACACGAUCGCCGCAAUCGCCACAAAUGUGCCUGGCAUCUCCCCGCGUGGACUUGCAAAGCAAUUCACGGGGUGCCAGACACAAGGACCCAGUGGACCUCGCUCGGGCUUUUGCGCAUGGACAUUUGAAUGGCGCGAACCCUCGGAAUGAAGCUUCAAAGGUGGGGCCGAGAAUUGAGACAAGACUCGUGACUUCGGUUGAUACAGAGAAGGCCAUGGCCAUGGAAGCGAUGGAGCGCGUGGAGACCGAGACUAAAGCUGUGCGAGCUGUGUCCGCCGUCUCUGUCGUCUCUGAGGACGUGGCCUCCAGACUCCAUCAUAGCGAGCCGGUGGUGCGCCAAGCUGCUGCAGCAGCCCUUGGUGCUCUAGGAGAAGUUGCUGCGGAACAUGUUCGUCAACUGGCCAGCCUCAUCGAGGACGUGGAUUCUGGAGUUCGUAGGGCAGCUGCAAUUGCUUUGGGCAACCUUGGGCAGAGAGCUGUUGGGCAUGCUGAUGCUUUCCUUCUGAUUUUGUGUUUCAAAUUGUCGCUCCUGGGCCUGGUGGCCCAACUGUUGCGCGGUGUCGCUCAAACUGCCGUAGCAGGCAACACAACAACGGAGAGCAACCUUGCUGGAGCUGCUAUGGCGUCCAGUGCAUGCUUGAGGGGGGAGGUGGGAGGGUUGGGAGGGAGAUGUGCAGUGCUGACCAGCAGGGUUUUGCCCUUGUUUGCAGUCUUUGAUUUGCUGUUUUCUCCCAUGCGAGUCCACGACCCAAGUGUUUUGCAGUUUAUUGAAAGCAUCAUGUCAAGAACGCAAAGCAGCUUCCUGGGGCGUUUAGUGAAAGCACUUUUGCCAGAGGUGAAGUGGUUGCAUCGCAACGGGCUGACAAUCCAGGAACAUCAAGGAAUGCUACAGGUUCCAACGCCCAAAGGCUUGCUGGUCUACAACCACACAGAGACCUUCGGAUCUUACUGUGCAGCUUGGGAUGCCAGACUUCCUGGUUUGUGUGCCUCUCUAGGAGAGUGUCAGCAGUCCUACUGCUAUGUGGAUCCCUCGAACUGUUCCACUGCCAGCUACCCGACCUCAUACUUUCCUCAACUGGGCUUGCAGUAUUCAUACUUGACUUGUGGUGACUCAGAGAGCCAGGAGGACUUUGUGAAGCAGAUUCGCACUCAAUUGACCGGCCAGACCUUCCGCUUCGCAUAUCCGGCCAGUAGUCGGCCCUGGCACUACGAGCAGUACGGCGGAUGGACCGGAUCAGUAGCUAGCUUCUUCCAACAGCUCUCGACGACAGCAGGGUUUCAAACUGUCCAGAAGACUGUUUCACAAGCAUCCUUGAGCCUAUUUGCUUCCCCCUGGGAUGCAUGUGUACACGAUGUCCAGAUGCAGCUGAUUGAUUUCUGCAUUUCAGUGGUCAUGGAGACAGACACACGUCGACAGAUGGCCACCUUUACCAGCCCAAUCCUUGCAGGGAACAUGAAGUUGAUGGUCAAAAAGGAGGUGGCUGACAAUCGCUGGGAUCCCGCUUUGGGAUAUGAGUCUGUUUGGUUCAGCUUCUUGAAGCCGUUCUCACCCAUGCUGUGGCUCUUAGUGGCUAGCCUGGUCUCCACUGCUGGAGUUUUCUUCUACUGGGUGGAGGAGGAAGAUGGGAGUUGCAGUUGCAGUUGUCUGCAUCCCCGCAGAGCACUUCGAGGCCUCAGUGCAAUUUGUGAAGGGCUGCAAUAUGGAACUUUGGCCUUCUUUGCUGGGGGUGACCUUGGCGGCGCCAAGGUUGACGACACAAAGACGAGGGCCGGAAGUGCCAUCCGUGUAGGCUUUGCCGUUUUCACGAUGGUCAUGGUUGCGACCUACACGGCCAACCUGGCUCAACUGCUGGUGGUGAAUGCACAGCAGACAACAGGUAUUACAAGUGUCAAGGAUUGUGACCCUCCAUCUGCAAUCUGCCAGAAGGUUUGUGUCCUCCAGAUCCAGUUGAGCUUGGUAGGCGCCCAGCAUCCCACCAUGGAUGUGGUCACAUUCCCCAACUCAGGGGAUUUAUUCGCAGGCUUGUCAAAUGGUGACUGCCAAGCUGCUAUUGUUCCUGAGCAUGACGUCCUAGCACGAUCUGACUUUCAGGAAUCGAUGUGUGCCAAUGGCUUUCACCUCGUCGGUGAUGCCAUUUUCACCGUCUAUGUUGGCUUCGCAGUCCGACCGGACUUGGUAAAUGCCCUCAGCUACUACACGUUGACCAUGGUGUACCAAGGCAUCUUUGCUUCUACAUAUGAACAGUUCCGAUACAAGAAAAUCGAUACAUGCCUGGACGAAGUGUCAGAAGUGGAGGAGGGACAACUCACAGCCUUGGACAUGGCAGGAGUUUGUCUUCUCUUCACCGUCUUCUUGCUCAUUGCAGUUGGGCUGCGCUUGGCCAAACGAGGAGUCCACAGGGUCAGGAGCACAAUCAGCAUGCUCUCCGAAAUUGAGAAGAUUCAAAACGAAAGUAAAACUCUAGAGAUUCCCAAUGACUCACUGGAGAUUGUGCCAGGUUUGCCUGUGGGACCUGUGGGACUAGUGCCAGGUCGCGACGGCUGUUUCAUUCCAGUCUGCCAGUCGUCAUGUUCAGAAGAUCCAUUUUUUCUGCAUCCUUUGGCCUUUUUCAGCCUGAUCUUCAUGCCAGCAAUGAGCCAAGAUGAGCUGACGAGGUUGGUCGCCUUCAGAGAAGAGGCCACGCUUGAGGAGUUGGAGGAUGUUCGAGACAGACGUUUCUGCGAUCCCAAGUAUGUGACCUCCUUUUUGAGCAACUUAGCCAACGCCGGCUUGAUCGAACUUGCGGCGAAUGCGGUGACAAGCCUCUUGAAAGCCAGUCUGCAGGUCAAUGUGUACCACUACAGUGUUUUGGCUGCAGCAUUUGCGCGGAGGACUAGCUGGGAAAGAACCCUGGAGACUUUGAACAACAUGUCUGUGUGCCAUGGCCUCAUGCCCAACCAGUGGACCUACAGCACUGCUGUCCGUUGUAUUGGAGGGCAAUGGCAAAGGGCAGUAGCUGUGCUGGCCGGCAUGCGGGGUCGCUUUCUAUCUCCGAGCGCAGUUGUGCUUGGUGCUUCUAUGAAAUCCAGCUCGGCAGGCCACAUGUGGCAGGCUGCCUUUCAGCUGUUGGCCAGGUUGGCCUUCAGCCAUGGGAUGCAGCCUGGAGAAGCCACGUUUAACUCGGCAAUUCCUUUGAAGGGUGGACUUUGGAUGGCCGGAUUAGGUGUGAUGCUGCAGAUGUAUCGGAGAGGGAUCUUGGCAGAUGUGAUCACCUGGAACUCCUGCAUAGCUUCAACUAGAGAUGAGCCAACCAGCUGGUUUGUAUCCAUUCACUUUCUUCAGUCCAUGGCAAACCUGGGCAUCAGACCCUCCCUCCCCAGCUUUGAUACUGCAGCUAGUGUGCAAGACUGGCGUCGAAGCCUACUUCUGGCCAGAGGUUUAGCAGGCCUGGGGUCUGCCCUUUGUCACAGUGAGUGGUGUUUGGCGAUGGACCUGUUGUGUGCCUUCCCUACAUCAUCGCUCCAAUCCGACAGCCUUUCAGUGAACCAAGUCAUAAGAUCCAUGGAGAACUGGCGCUGGGCCGUGCGUCUCUUUUCCAGCGAUGCUCGGGAUUUGAUCGGAGCCAACUCAGCACUGGGAGUCUGCGGAGAACAUGGACACUGGGGAGUAGCUCUGGCCCUGCUUCAGUCUGCAGUCCUCAAAAGGCUCCAUCCUGAUGCUGUAAGUAGCACUGAAGUUAUGAGUUCUUUGGAGAGAUGUUGUCACUGGAAGAGUGUUUUGGCAAUGCUUCCCCGAUCAAUUCUUGCAUCCUGCUCCACUGAUGUAAGAGACAGGCAAAAAUACACAUGUGCUAUCGUGGCUUGUUCGAGCGCAUCCUUUUGGGAGAAGGCAGUCGAGCUUUUUGAAGAAAUGGCAGUUCUUCGAUUUCUUGACUCUAUCAGUCUCAAUGCUGUGUUGGAGUCGUUCAGUUUCUCAGCGACGGCGUGGUCCAAUGCUUUGGCCUUUCUACGAGGGAGUGGGACCUGGUCUCUGAAGGCAGAUCCAGUGAGUUGUCGCGCCACCAUCAGCGCCUGUGAGAAAGUUGGCUGUUGGCGCCAUGCCUCGACUCUGAUGCGCUGGUGCCAGGAUGUGAAGCUGCACUUUGACCAGAUGAUCUACAAUUCUGCAAUAAGUUCUUGUGAAAAGGCGCAAUGGAUGGCUGUGGCCUGGACAGAUUCCGGCCAAAAGUGGUGUCACUGCUGCCAGCUUUGA